AUGGCAGCCUCCGAGAUGUUUAGAACUGCUCUUUUCACCAUCAAUAACUUUCUUCAUCAAGAACAAUACAGAGCAACUCUCGCGGUUGUAAAAGGGUUUAGAAACGGUGCUGUAUAUGGGGCUAAAAUAAGAGCUCCCCAUGCAUUAGUCAUGACAUUUCUCUUCAGAAGUGGAAGUUUGAGGGAAAAGCUCAAAGCCAUUUUCAAGGCGACCUACACCCACUCUAGGAACCUGGCAUACUUUGUUUUCACGUACAAGGGUCUGAAAGCUCUGCAGGAGAAGACCCAGGGCAAGAGCCUGCAGUCCCACGCAUUUCUUGCUGCCUGUGUUGGAGGAUGGCUAGUUUUUGGAGACAACAAUAACAUCAAUAGCCAGAUCAACAUGUACCUGUUGUCCCGUAUCCUGUUUGCACUGUCCCGACUGGCAGUGGAGAAGGGAGUGAUACCCCAGCCCAAACACGACCCCUUCCCCCUGUUUGCCACCCUGGUCUGGGGAGUGGUGCUGUGGCUGUUCGAGUACCACCCUCACACUCUGCAGCCGUCACUGCAGUCCUCCAUGAACUACCUCUACCACGACAGCAACACAUGGCACGAUGUCUCAGACUUUUUACUCUUUAAUAAACCCAGGACUAGCUCUUAA